CAAAAAAAAAAAAAAAAAAAAAUCGAAAAAAUUGAAAGAAAUAUCCGCAAAAACUCUUUUAUAUUUUCAUUUUUAAAUCUUCGUUUUAUUUCCGCCGGGUUCUCCGUUGAUCCCUCUAUAAUCCACUAAUUAAAUCUCAUUCAUAUUUUUGUAGUUAGAUGGAGACUGAGAAAUGUGAUACUGCUUCUGAAGUUAAUGGCCCUGCUACAAGUGCAUUGGAUGAAAAUGGUUUGAAGCGUGAUGAUUCUACAACAAAUAGGGUUGUUUGUGAAGCAAGUGUAAAUAGUAAAGGCAAUGGAGUUAACAGAUUGAGUGAGGUUGUUAGGAACUUGCAUAGUGUCCCAUAUAUAUAUAGACAAGAUGUUGUGAGAAGUAAUAAGAGUCGUGCGACUGGGAUUGUGAGUGAAGUUGCUGGUGACUCGGAUUCAGAUAGUAGCAUAACAGAUGAUGAGGAUGAUGUUGAAGAUGAUGAUGAGGAUGGGGAAGAUGAGGAAGGGAAUAACAACUCUAAUGAGAAUGGUAGCGUAAGCAGAGGAAGUGAUAGUUAUAAUUGUGGUUCUCUUCAAACUGAUCAGGUGCGGGUACUUUGGAUGGAUGACACUGAGCCAGUUCAAAAUAUCAAUGAUGUAACAGUUAUUGAUCGGGGAUUCUUACAUGGGGAUUAUGUUGCUGCUGCUUCAGAGCCGACCGGGCAAGUGGGUGUCGUGGUGGAUGUCAAUCUCUCGGUUGAUUUGUUAGCUCCUGAUGGAUCUACUGUAAAAGAUAUCUCAUCCAGAAACUUGCAACGUGUGAGGGAUUUCACUGUGGGUGAUUAUGUUGUACUUGGUCCUUGGCUGGGUAGAAUUAAUGAUGUGUAUGACAAUGUGACUGUUUUGUUUGAUGAUGGUUCCUUGUGUAAAGUUAUGAGGGCUGAGCCACUGCGCCUCAGACCAACUCCGAAAACUACCAUUGAAGAUGAUGGGCAUUUUCCUUACUACCCUGGACAGCGUGUAAGGGCUGCCUCCUCAUCGGUUUUCAAGAAUUCUAGGUGGUUAUCUGGCUUGUGGAAAGCUAAUCGUUUGGAAGGUACUGUAACUAAAGUUACAGCUGGAUCCGUAUUUAUUUAUUGGAUAGCAUCUGCUGGCUAUGGACCUGAUUCUUCUACUCCCCCAGCUGAAGAACAGAGCCCAAAGAACCUAAAACUGUUGUCUUGUUUUGCUCAUGCAAAUUGGCAAGUAGGUGAUUGGUGUCUUCUUCCAUCAUUGGCAAAAACAUCCCCCAUUCCUUUAGACAAGGGCUUGUCAAGAUUACAACUUAAUGAUUCUGUCAAAAGUGAUUUAGAUCCUGAUCAACUGGUCAGCAGGUGUGACUCAGAAGAAAUUGCAGUGGAGGAUUCAAAUGAGAAUGAUGAAUCCAUGGACCUUGAUCCCAUAACUGCACCUGAUGAAAACAGUGAAACUAUUGCAAGUAGAGCCUCUCCUGAAUCUAGCUCUUGCAAUCGUUCAUUGUCAGUUUCAAAGGAUACUGGCCAUGAACCUUGGCCUGUUCAUCGAAAAAAGAUUCGUAAGAUUGUAAUUAAGAGAGACAAGAAGGCUCGAAAGAAAGAGGAAAAUUUUGAAAAAGCUCUAUUGAUUGUCAAUACCAGGACGAGGGUUGAUGUGGUGUGGCAGGACGGAACCAUAGAACGUGGGCUAGGUUCGACAACUUUGAUCCCAAUUGAUAGUCCUGGUGAUCAUGAAUUUGUUCCAGAACAGUAUGUGGUAGAGAAGGCAGCUGAUGAUGGUGAUGAUACUUGUGAAGCUAGGCGUGUUGGGGUUGUAAAAACGGUUAAUGCAAAGGAGCGGACAGCUUGUUUAAGGUGGUUGAAACCCGUUGCUAGGGCAGAAGAUCCCCGGGAGUUUGACAAGGAGGAAAUUGUAAGUGUAUAUGAGCUGGAGGGACAUACUGAUUAUGAUUAUUGUUAUGGCGAUGUAGUUGUUCGAUUGUCUCCAGUUUCAGAUUCCAUGCAACCAGCCAAUGGGGGUUCUGUUGAGGAAUCAGAGAAUCAAAUUGGACCAAAUGAGAGUAAACAGGAUGUGAAAAAACACUCAGGGUCUAAGAAAGUAGAGGAUGCAUCCGGAGAUGAGUCCUGCACGGACUUUACAGAUCUAUCUUGGGUUGGGAAUAUUACUGGCCUCAAGAAUGGUGAUAUUGAAGUUACAUGGGCUGAUGGCAUGGUUUCUAUGGUUGGACCUCAAGCAAUUUAUGUCGUUGGUCGAGAUGACGAUGAUGAGUCUAUUGCUGCUGGGAGUGAUGUAAGUGAUGAUGCUGCUAGUUGGGAAACGGUUAAUGAUGAUGAGAUGGAUGCUCUUGAGAAUACUCAAGAGGAAACUGCAUUGCAUGAUAUCACUGGCAUAUCUUCUGAGGCUGAAGAGAGCAUAGAGAAUGGUUCUGGAAGAAAUGCUGCUUUGUCUCUUCCCUUAGCUGCACUUGGGUUUGUUACCCGACUGGCCAGUGGAAUAUUCUCCCGGGGGCGAAAAAAUGUGGAUCCAGUUUGUUUGGAUGCCAGAGUUGAAAAUGAACUUCCAUCACAGGAAAUGAUUGAAAAUUCUGGGGGAAAAGAUUCUGGUAAUGAGUUGAGUUCUCAAAAAUCUGAUGUCAUUGAUAAUUGUGGUGGAGAAAACAGUCAUGGAAAACAUGAAGAUGUUGACGUGGAGGCCCCAGAAUUUUCUGAUGCUGCACAAUCUUUGAGAGAACAAUCAGAGAAGCCAGCAUGUUACAUGGAAAACUCUUUCAGUUUCAAGCGCUUUGACAUAGCUAAAGAUCCUCGGGACCAUUAUUUUCUUGGUGCAAGUGAACAGAAUAACAAUGGAAGGAAGUGGUUCAAGAAGAUUCAGCAGGAUUGGAGCAUCCUCCAGAACAACUUGCCUGAUGGGAUCUAUGUACGGGUUUAUGAAGAUCGAAUGGAUCUCUUAAGAGCUGUAAUAGUUGGGGCAUAUGGAACACCUUACCAAGAUGGCCUCUUUUUCUUUGAUUUUCAUCUCCCUCCAACAUAUCCUGAUGUUCCACCUUCUGCAUACUAUCAUUCUGGUGGUUGGAGGAUAAAUCCAAAUUUAUACGAGGAAGGCAAUGUGUGCCUUAGCCUUCUGAAUACGUGGACUGGCAGAGGAAAUGAAGUGUGGGAUUCAGCUUCAUCUAGCAUCCUUCAAGUUCUAGUUUCACUUCAGGGGUUGGUGCUAAAUUCUAAGCCAUAUUUUAAUGAAGCUGGGUAUGAUAAGCAAGUUGGAACAGCUGAGGGAGAGAAAAAUUCUUUGGCAUACAAUGAGAAUACUUUCUUGCUUAACUGCAAGACAAUGAUGUAUCUUAUGCGGAAACCCCCAAAGGUGAUGGUUACUUCCCAUUAUCCUGCUUAUCGUUUACUUUUAUCAGUUUCUGGCAAUUAUAAUAUUACAUUGAUUGUUAAUGCUUAA